AUGGAGGAGACCGGGCGUCGGCGCGGGGAGGUGCGCGCGGCCGGUCAAGCGACCGCAUUCCAUAUGGGAUGCCGGACUAUACGCAAUGUCAGUGUGACUCCGAGUUCGCCGCCGCUUCUGUACCGUCUAUUGCAUAUUUGCAACAUUGUUCUCUCAGUGCAUUUUAUAUUUACUGAACAACGUUUGUCUCAUAGUUCAUUGUGGGCGUUGAUUGACAUGACGGCGCAAGUCUCGUGUCUCUUGCCACCUACGCUGCAAUAUAUU